UUUCUUUUGAUUAGGAAGAAGUCUCUGCAGCGAUGUCGGAGACCGCUCCCGCCGCCGCUCCCGCUGUCGCGGCCCCCGCCGCCAAAGCCGCCGCCAAGAAGCCGAAGAAGGCAGCGGGCGGCUCCAAAGCCCGCAAGCCGGCGGGGCCCAGCGUCACCGAGCUGAUCACCAAGGCCGUGUCCGCCUCCAAGGAGCGCAAGGGGCUCUCCCUCGCCGCGCUCAAGAAGGCGCUGGCCGCCGGCGGCUACGAUGUGGAGAAGAACAACAGCCGUAUCAAGCUGGGGCUCAAGAGUCUCGUCAGCAAAGGUACUCUGGUGCAGACCAAGGGCACGGGCGCCUCCGGGUCCUUCCGCCUCAGUAAAAAGCCUGGAGAAGUGAAGGAAAAAGCCCCCAAGAAGCGGGCGGCCGCAGCCAAGCCCAAGAAGCCGGCGGCCAAGAAGCCCGCCAGCGCCGCCAAGAAGCCCAAGAAAGCGGCGGCGGUGAAGAAGAGCCCCAAGAAAGCCAAGAAGCCGGCG